AGCCGCUUGAGGAGUGUGCACUCAAAGGUUUGAGCCCGCCUCGUAAAAGUCACCCUACUACCGUGCGACCUGUAGGUGAAACUUGAAACAUGGACCCAAUGCAUCGAUUGUGCUGUUAUGUCUGGCUUUGAGCGCAAAAUAGAGGGGGAAAUACUUUUCUCUAGUGUUUCCCUUAUUGCGUUUACAUUUGGCGUAUGGUUUUGGUAUCAGGUCGAUCUGUUUAGUUUUGGUGGAGAAGGAUUAUUACUAGAGGGGCCGAGAUAACAUCCAGACGAUUGAGAGUCAGGUCGUUUAAACGCGUGUUAAACAUCACCGAGCCUAAGAUGGCUUUGGCACGGCAGGACUACAUUGCCCCAUGGUGGACUUACUGGCUGCACAAUUUUCCUCAUCUGAAUUUAAAUUUCCAGCCCAUUGACAACACGUUCAGACCGGAGGAGGCAAGCUAUCAGCAGUCCUUGAUCUUCCUUGCCUGUGUGUCAGCGGUGGGUCUAGGCCUCAGCCUGCUACUGCUAGCCGUCUACCUCAGCGUCAUAUGCUGUUGUCGGAAGGAGGAGGAGGAGGAGACCAAGAGGCCAGACUCAUGCUGUGUCACAUGGGCAGCGGUCAUCACUGGCCUGAUCAUUUGCUCGGCUGUUGGGGUGGGUUUCUAUGGAAACAGCGAAACCAACGACGGAGUAUAUCAGCUGACCUACUCCCUCUACAAUGCCAAUCAAACAGUGGGUGGCAUCGAUAGUCUGGUGACUGGCUCCUUGAACAGCAUGCAGGUGGGACUAGAGGAGCACCUGUCAAGGCUGGACGAGAUCUUCUCCACACGGGGGGAUUACGGCCAGACGCUUCGCUUCAUGCGGCAGAUGGCUGACAACAUCAUCAGGCAGCUCAUCACCCUCCCGGACAUCAGCAAAGCCAAGGUGGACUUGGCGGCCAUCGCUGACCAGACAGCUUUUGUGGAGUACUACAGAUGGCUCACAUACCUGCUUCUGCUCAUCCUGGACCUGGUCAUUUGCCUCGCAGCGUGUGUUGGACUGGCCAAGCACUCAAGAUGGCUACUCAUUUCGAUCAUGGUGUUUGGGGUGCUGACGUUGAUCCUUAGCUGGGUGUCCCUGGGAGCAGGCACUGCCACAGCAGUGGGGACCAGUGACUUCUGUGUGUCUCCAGACAAAUUCAUUGUGAACCAAACCAGGGACUUCAUCAGUGCAGACAUAGUCCAUUACUACCUGUACUGCUCGCAGAGUCUCCCCAACCCUUUCCAGCAGUCUCUGACCACCUUUCAGAGAUCUCUGACCACGAUGCAGAUCCAGGUGCAGGGCUUGCUGCAGUUCUCGCUGUCAAUCUUCCCCACGGCCGAGAGGGACCUGCUGGGCAUCCAGCGUCUGCUCAACACCACUGAGUUUAACCUGCACCGACUCACAGCUCUGCUUGAGUGCCGCAGUUUGCACAAGGACUACCUGGACGCUCUGAUGGGCGUGUGCUAUGACGGGGUGGAGGGUCUCCUCUACCUGUCCCUCUUCUCUCUGCUGGCUGCCAUUGCCUUCUCUGCCAUGCUGUGUGCUGUCCCUCGUGCCUGGACACUCAUCGCCAGCAGGGACAGGGAUUAUGAUGACAUAGACGAGGAGGAUCCGUUCAACCCCCAGGCCCGGCGCAUGGCUGCAUACAACCCCAACCGCUCUCACAUCCACAGCUUCUGCAGCUACAGCAGCAGCCUGAGCAGCCAGAACAGCCUGCACCCGCCCCCACAGGCUGCCACCUCCAGCGCUACCACCUCUGAAUACAUGAAUCAGUCCAUGCUGUUUGGAGGGAAUCCUCGAUACGAAAACGUUCCUUUGAUCGGGAGGGGUUCACCACCACCCUCAUUUUAUCCCCAGACAUUUAAAAACAUAUUCUCCCACUAUGAGGACCACCUACCUAUCUAUGACUGAGGCUCAGAUCAGACACUUUGGCACCGAUUUCCAGAUAUAGAGCACGCACAUCCUCUCACCGCCACCAGCCUCUCUGCUUGCUCUGCGUGUGGGGAAGACUGCUGUUCCUGAUGCAAGUGGCAUGACGGCAGGGUGUCAUAGAUGGUCCUUUAUGAUCCUAUCUGACUGCCAGUCUGAUCUCACAUACUGACCAUGACCAGCGGGUAGGGAGAAAGCCACAUUAUCAGCUCAAAGACCUGCCAUAGCACUGUGUGUGAGUGUCUGAUGGUGAUCUACAUUAAGCUGGCUUUGCCCCCACCCCCCCCCCCCCCCCCACACACACACACACACAUUAUAAACCAACACUGCACAAACAGUGGCCAUACAACAUAUACAGGAUGUAAAUAAAUUGGUUGUCUCCCACGGUUGAGUUGUAAGGCAUUACAUACCCCCAAUACCUAUGCAGACUUGAAAGUUUGUGUUCCUGUGGAAGAAUCCUUGCCGGGGGGCUACGCCCCACCUAAUUUAUGCUGUAAUUACGCUGUGAAAAUGGCUACUGGGUUUCUGUGAUCAUACUGCUGAUGCGGAAAUGGCAGAAAAUUGUUAUUGUGACCCUCUGGACCUGGCUACCGCAGCAUGACGACUUCCCUUAUCAUGCGAGUACUCAGUUCAAAGACUGGAGACAGAUCCAAUAAGCAUUGGUGUGUGCAGUGUUUUUUUCCUGUAUGUUCUGGUGUUGUAAUACUAAGCUUGGUCACUGUGUAAUUACCUUUUCUGUGUAAAUCAGCUAGAUUGCUCUGCCAGAGGAUGUUUAAAAAUGUGACACUGUUAGGCACAGUGGAUUUCUGAAAUCAAAACUGAAAAGCAUGUUUAAUUGUGCCUCUGUUGUUUUGAGUGAUUAUGUCUGUUAUAAAAUGAAAGUUGAAACCUUUUUAUAUUUUAGAUUAUGUACAUUUUGAAACCUCACAAAUCUGCGUCUAUUUUCCUGUUUUUGGUCGUUUUAGUGGUUCAGGCAGAUAUGUAAUGGAACAAAAUGGAAAAACAUUGUUGGUAAAAGUUAUGGUAAAUAUAAAAUCCAUUCAAGAAUAAAAUAACAUCAUAUAUCAGCCAAGUACAAAACUAUUUUAGAUGGCAAAAAAUCUAAUUCUACAGGUUACAGUGCAAGCCACAUUUUCCGAAGACUCUACAGGUCUACAUCAGUUAAUCAGACAGUGGACACAUUUUCACCUAAUUUUUCAGCUGACCUCCAUUUUGAGACAUAUUUCCCUCAAGUGCUGUUUUUUUACUGUCAAAACUCGGGGACAAUGAUUGUGAGUUUUACUAAAAAUAUAUAUAUAAUAAUAAUAAACCGUUCUUUUGUAAAUCUG